AUGGGAGAUGAGCCGCGCCCUCCCCCACCUGGUCGGACGCACGCGGUCCUUGGACUGGGACGGCCGCGGGAAGUGACCACGUGGAGAAAAGAUCCGGCCGCCGGGUCCUCAUGUUCGCUCGCGAGUACCCCCGCGAUCGGAAGAAAACCCACGGGACCGCUAGAGAUGAGCUCCGGGGGUCGGAGGAGGCAUAUACAGUCAGCCUCCCGAAGCCCCCGAAUGGCACAUACAACGCCCGGGAAAGAAUGA